AGUUAUCGGCGUCCAGGAACAAGAAGCAGCAGCAGCAACGGUGCGUCCGGCUCCUUUCCCCCGGCUCCUUUCGCCACCUUAUCCGCCACCUAUGGUUCUCCUCCGGCACAUCUCCAUCGCCCUGACCGCCGCCGUGGCUGCCCUCGGCUCCGCGCUCUUUAUCGCCCUGAACUACUUCUACAAGAGGCGGAUAUGGUCACCACAGGCGGAGUACUGUACCAUCCAAGAGGAGGAGGAGGAGCGUGGAAAGCGCCAGGUCCUGGUUCUUGGUCUGGACGGGGCCGGGAAGAGCAGCAUGCUACAGGGUUUGACCCCCGGGGAGCCAGCAGCUAAGAGAGGCCGGUGCAGGCCCACCCGUGGCUUCAACUUUGUGAGCCUCAACGCCCCCGCCUGUCAGCUCGACUUCCUGGAGAUCGGUGGUGGGGAAGAUCUGCGGCGCUACUGGUCAGAUUACUUGAGACGGACUCACGUUCUGGUGUAUGUGGUGGACUCAUCUGACAGAAGCCGCCUCCCUUUGGCUAAGGCUGAACUGCACCGCCUUCUGAGGGUGGAGCCCCAGCUGCCUGUGGUCGUCCUUGGAAACAAGCAGGAUAAGCCCAAUGCUGUGAGCGUAUCGGAGCUCCAUGAAGCCUUGUCUCUGGACUCAGUGACCGAGGACAGAAAGCUGUUUCUCUUGGCUGCCCAGCUGGACUCUGACGGAGCCCUGAGGAAGUCCUGCAAGUGCCUGGACACCGUCCAGGACCUGCUGCUCCAGCUGGUCUGAUCCAGUGUCCCUCCCACAGAGAUCCUCCUCUUUCUUUUUCUUGUUUAAGCUCUGAGGCAGAGGAGGAGGAGAUGACGAAGACUGUUGGAGCUGAGACAGGAGAGUGAAAAGAUGCCAAAAUGGGGUGCUAUGUUUUCCAGUACCUCCUCUUUUUUUUCCUCAUCCUCAUCAGUUGGUUUUAGAAAUAGCAACUUCUCCUCAACCAUCUUACACUUUCCCUCCAACUUGUCUGGUCUUGUUAAAUGAAAAAGAGGAGGUGGUGCAGACUGAGGAGGAUGAAGACGGAAAGUGGCACUGAAGAAUGAAAGUUUGACUCAAAUCUUACAGAGAUCACCUUCUUAUACUGACUUUUAUUUAAUGACUGCCUAUUACAGGUUUAUUUAAGCAUGUAGUUUGUAGUGUAUAUAAAAUGCGUGCUGUUAUGUGUCAGGUUUGUAGGAACACUUUCUCGGGUUUUCAUGUUUUAUGAAACGUUUUUGUGUAAAAUCAGAUCAGCGAAGUCAGCAGAGCAGCACACGAUGUUUGAGGAUCCGUUGACUUUGCUUCAGAGGAUACUUGCUGAUUUCUGCACUCCAGCUUUUCUGAGAUCUAGUGGAACAUCGUGUGGGAAUUCAAAGGGAGCUCUGAGACUUUUUAAAAAGCAGUAUUUUCCUUUCACAAGUAUUGUAAUAACUGGGUGACAAAGUUUCAACACUUAAAAGGUCUUCAAGUGAAAACAGGUCCUAUUUGCUUAUGUACCCAGUUGCGAUGACACAAACUGUGUACUUCGUGAUUUCCUAGUAAACACUUCAAACAAACCUAUGUACAGACAAGUUAUGACUAAAACUCACAGCUAGCUACUUUUCACUGUUAGUUUAUGAAGCUAAUGAAAACAAACAGCUACACUCUUGAACAACCUCUUUUUUUUUUUUUUAAACUGUGGUCAGAAGUACAUGAAUUGAAGUACUUUAAAUGCCUUACAAAUUCAAGUUGUGCUUUAGUUUUAAUAUAGAUGCUUAAUUUAUUUGGCUGCUGUAUGUCUAGAUCAAAAACUGUAAAAGGAAUGG